GUUCUGACGAAGCUGAGCACCCCAAUACAUCAACGUCAACACUCCUUGAGCCUCGCAACAACUCCACGAUUCGCCUUCAUACACCAAAAAAGCACACUGUAUACUCUCGAACAAAGCGAUUUCGCAACAACUCUUCUUUAAUUCUGCACCAUGGCAUCCGGCUACGACAGAGCUCUGUCGGUAUUCAGUCCCGACGGCCACGUUUUCCAGGUCGAAUAUGCCGGCGAAGCUGUCAAGCGAGGUAGAUAUCAGGUUUUUGGUUAACAGCUUUGUUACGGUGGCUUAUACCUUCAAUAGGAACUUGUGCUGUCGGUGUCAAGGGUGCCGAUGUUGUUGUGCUAGGAUGUGAGAAGCGCUCCGCCAUGAAGUUGCAAGAUACUCGCAUCACCCCUUCCAAGAUCCAGCUCCUCGAUCACCACGUCGCCCUCGCCUUCGCUGGCCUAAAUGCGGAUGCUCGUAUCCUCGUCGACAAGGCUCGAUUAGAGGCACAGUCCCAUCGUUUGUCAGUCGAAGACCCUGUUACUAUCGACUACAUUACCAAAUAUGUCGCUGGCGUCCAGCAACGGUACACACAGGCUGGUGGUGUCCGACCAUUUGGCAUUAGCACUCUGAUUGUUGGCUUCGAUAACGGCAGCGAUGUCCCUCGGCUGUACCAGACUGAGCCCUCCGGCAUCUACUCUGCCUGGAAGGCAAACGCUAUCGGUCGUUCAAGCAAGACUGUUCGCGAGUUCCUCGAGCGAAACUACAAGGAGGACAUGGACCGAGAGGCUACCAUCCGGCUUGCCAUCAAGUCGCUGCUCGAGGUUGUUCAAACCGGAGCCAAGAACAUCGAGAUUUCUCUCAUGGCACCUGGCGCCACCAUCGAAACACUACCUACGUCCGAGAUUGAAGGCUACGUCAAGGAAAUUGAGCAGGAGAAGCAGGAAGAAGCUGCCAAGAAGAAGACGGGACGGACCCCCGGAACCGGCAGUGCUGCCAUCCUAACCCGAUCUCAGGAUGACUCCGCUGCGGAAUAGAGAGGCGUAUGGGAAGAGUUUACAUAGACAAGAGCACGAGUCUCUAAAGUCGGGACCCAGUGCCAUUGUAUUAACACAACUAAUGACGCACGCAUUCUCUCAGAACGUAUCCCCGUGGAAGUGACAAAUCGCUAUGUAUCCUGAACGCCGUGACUUUCCUCUUUUUAUCUGAUCUUGUUCUGGAUUAUCCCAGCUUAUCGGCUUCCUCUGUCGGGUCAAAGAUGGACCUGAGUCCCUUUGUCUUUUGCCUGUCGUCCUUGAGCAUCUUAUUGUCCAUUCGUACGUCGUCGCUCUCAAUUGAAAGAGCUGCCUGAGGGGUCUUUGCGUCGAUAACAAAGUGGUUGUCGCAAUGAGGGCAAAACUCGUCGGCCUCCUCGAACUCCUUCACAUCCUUUCUGAAGCAUUUUCUGCACUUCUUGCACGCAAAAAUCAUCUCGAAGCUUUCCUUAAGAGGGUGUGACUCCUGUUCGCUGUGGCAUUCGACACAGUCGAACCAUUUUCGACCUGUAGUUAAAGUUAGUUAGUAAGGUGAGCAGGAAACAACUUGAAGUCGC